UGCGGCGGCGGGGCGCAGGGCCGGCGGGUGGGUGCAGUGUGGGGGCCUCCGCGCCGCAGCCAUGCGGGAGCGGAGGCCGGUACCGGCGGCCCCGGCCCGCUGCAAGCUGGUGCUGGUGGGCGAUGUGCAGUGCGGUAAAACGGCCAUGCUGCAGGUGCUCGCCAAGGACUGCUACCCCGAGACGUAUGUGCCCACCGUGUUUGAGAACUACACAGCGUGUCUGGCCAGCGAGGAACAACGGGUGGAGCUGAGCCUCUGGGACACCUCCGGUUCUCCCUACUAUGACAAUGUACGUCCCCUCUGCUAUAGCGACUCGGAUGCUGUCUUGCUCUGCUUUGACAUCAGCCGCCCCGAGACCCUGGACAGCGCGGCCAAGAAGUGGAAAACAGAGAUCCUGGACUAUUGCCCCAACACGCGGGUGCUGCUCAUCGGCUGCAAGACAGACCUAAGGACAGACCUGAGCACCCUCAUGGAGCUCUCCCACCAGAAGCAGGCACCCAUCUCCUAUGAGCAGGGCUGUGCGGCCGCCAAGCAGCUCGGAGCAGAGGGUUACCUGGAGUGCUCGGCCUUCACCUCGGAGAAGAGCGUCCACAGCAUCUUCCGGACCGUGUCCGGCAUCUGCCUCAGCAAAACCCCCCCGCAGCCCCCCCGGAGCCCCCCCCGCAGCCUCUCCAAGAGACUCCUGCACCUCCCCAGCCGCUCCGAGCUCAUCUCCUCCACCUUCAAGAAGGAGAAGGCAAAAAGCUGCUCCGUCAUGUGAAGGGGGGGGCGCCUGUCAAUGACCCCCUCACCACCCUCCACUCCCCCCAGUGUCCUCCUGCCCUGAGCCCCCAGGAUGGGGUGGGGGGGCUGGCCCUGGAGCCCCCCCGUGAUGCCAAUGGGGUGCCUGUCCCCUUCCCAUCACCCUGCUUCCAGCCCCCAUGGAGCUGCCAUGGGUGGGUGGGGGGCUCUAGGGAGGGUGAUUGGCAGCCCCCCAACCCCAGGGGGGGUUCAUUCAUGGACUCAUCCCCUUUUGCCCCUCCCCACCCCAUCCCUCAUCUGCUGCUUGCCCCUGGUGGGGUGGGGGGCGCUGGGGGGGGCUGUUUUAUGGACUGUCGUUGGGGGGGUGGGGGUCUCUAUUCCAUGGUCAGUGUUAUUAAAAGCUUAUUUAUUAUCGGAAAUAUAACGCCCACCGA